AUGCCACCUUCCAUGGAUCGCCAUACCUUUAUCAAUGGAGCACCUCGGUCAUCACACGGCUCCAAAUCUCAUCAAGCUAUAGACCCAUCGACGCUGGAACCUAUAGCCACUAUACACACAUCUUCAGAGACGGAUCUUGAUGAUGUUAUACAAGCUGGAGUCAAAGCUUUUCCAACCUGGUCAUCUACGCCCGCGAUUGAGCGGUCAAGAAUCCUUCUGAAAGCCGCUGCCAUACUCAGAUCACGUACACACGAACUUGCAGUAAUUGAGACACGGUCAACAGGAAAGCCGUACUCGGAGACGUCUCAGAUCGAUAUCCCGACAGGUGCUGAUGUACUAGAAUAUUACGCCAACCUGGUCGCUUCAGGAGGGUUGAACGGAGUAUGUGUCGGCAUCGGAGCAUGGAACUAUCCCAUUCAGAUUGCGCUUUGGAAGUCAUCGCCGUGUUUGGCAGCAGGAAACUGCAUGGUCUACAAGCCAAGCGAGUUCACAAGCUUACAUGCAGAAGAGCUUGCCAAGAUAUACAAGGAGGCUGGUGUGCCCGAUGGCGUAUUCAAUGUUGUGUAUGGUGGAGGUGAUGUAGGUGCUUAUUUGACGAAGCAUCCAGAUGUCGCGAAAGUCAGCUUUACUGGACAAGUCAGUACAGGGCGGAAAGUAGCUGGUGCUGCGGCAGGCGAGAUGAAAUACGUUACUAUGGAGCUUGGUGGAAAGAGCCCGGUCAUUGUGCUUCCCGACGCAGAUAUCGAGAAUGCCGUGGAUGGAGCGAUGAUGGCCAACUUCUUUAGUACUGGCCAAGUCUGCACCAAUGGCACAAGGGUGUUCGUACCAAGAUCUAUCAAGUCACAAUUUGAGAAGAGGUUGGUGGAAAAGAUGAGCUACAUCCGAGCCGGCGAUUUGUAUGACGAAAACACGAAUUUUGGACCCCUUGUCAGCAAGCCUCACUACGAGAAGGUAGUCGGAUACAUCAAGCAUGGCAUCGAAGUCGACAAGGCAGGGUUACUGUAUGGUGGCCUCGAUACUGAGGUAUUGACAAGCCGUCUCCCAGAGAAGACCAGGAAAGGCCUCUGGGUCAGACCAACAGUCUUCGCUGACUGCACGGACUCCAUGCGCAUCGUCAAAGAAGAGAUCUUCGGCCCUGUCAUGGCAAUUCUCUACUACGAUACCGUCGAAGAAGCAGUGAAACGCGCCAACGAUACACCUCUCGGCCUCGCUGCAGGUGUUUUCGGCAAAGACAUCAACCAGUGCCAUCAAGUGAUCAGCCAGCUUGAAGCAGGUAUCACAUGGAUCAAUACGUGGGGAGAGAGUCCGGCUGAGAUGGCUGUUGGAGGGUGGAAACAGAGCGGUGUUGGUGUUGAGAAUGGUCGGAAGGGAUUGGAGGCGUGGGUGAGGAACAAGAGCACGCUUGUUGAGAUGGGUGGGGAGGUGCCGACUGUGUUUACUAAGGUUUUACCAUCAAAGCUAUAG